CUGAAAAUAGUUCCUGUCCAAAUUUUUUUCAGUACACAUUUUGUUGGUUGUAAUAAUCCUGUUUCUGUAAUUAAGCUUAAUUCGACUCGAGUGGCUUUUUUAGAAGGAAACUAGGAUUUACUGGGAAAUUUGGCGAAAAACCUUUAAACCACCAUGUGCUGCGGACCCUGUGGACCCCGAUGCUGCGAUCCCUGCGGCGGAUGCUACAACUGCUGCGUUGAACUUUGCUGCGUGCCGUGUACUCCGGCCUACAUUCAAUCCACUUGGAUGCCCUGCGGGCCCAGGGGCUGUUGCUGAGUACAAGUUUGCCGAGAGGACGAAAACUAGCCCAAAACCAUUGCCUUCUCCAACAAGAUUGUAACUUUUAUUCCAACAUGUCUCAAUAAACGAAUUUAGUUACUUGCAAA